AUGGCGUCGGCAGCAGCAGCAGCAGCAGCUGUAACUGGCGCGGUGGUGACCAUCGGAAACUGCAACACCGCCCAACAGACGAAAAGCACCACCAAGAUGGUUUCCAUUGGAGGGCUCAACUCCUACGGAGGGCUGAAGGCUCACAACAGCGUGGCUGCUCUGGGCCAGUCCGUUUGCGCCGAUCAGGGCUUCGCCAAGAUUGUCAGCUCCAUGAGGAAAAGCGGCGGCGGCAACGGCGGCGGUGCUCUGUCUGCUAAGUGCAGCAGAGUUGAUGAGAUCUUCCAGAUUGCUGCAAUUAUGAAUGGUCUCACCUUGGUUGGAGUCGCUAUGGGGUUCGUCCUUCUUCGAAUCGAAGCUGCCGUCGAGGAAUCGGAAUGA